UGAGCUGGCUGAGGGGUGGAGGGAUGGGGAAGGGAGGAAUGGGGCAGAGCAAAACGGGUAGGGAUGGAAUGAAGGGGAUGGAGCCGUGGGACUGAAGCUAGGGGGAUGGGAAAUCCUGUAUUGCUUCCCAAAUGGUGCUCCCAUUCUCUCCUGUAGGGAACCCGUUUCUGCACCUCUAGCUCAGCUCUUUCCUCUUGUCCAGCCCUAUGACAGCAAAUCUGUAGCACUUCUGAAAAAGCGCUUCUGAAGCGUUUUAGAGCUGCCAAACCACCUCUCACUGCCCGCCCAGCGCUCCCCAGCUUCAGCUGCCUGCGCCCAACCCCUGGUCGUCGCUUGGCAUCUCCCACACCUCCAGCACUAGCUGUGAGGCUCCCUAAAGCAGAGGCGCUCAUCACUGGGCUUAGGGCUGCAAUUUUGCACGGAGCUCCUUUUUUAGAUGGUUAUUUCCCUCCCUCUUUUUUUGGUUACUCUCGCUUCUGUUAGAGCACAAAAUGAAGAACUAAAAAAUUGAUUGCUGCAGCCUGCAGCAGCCGUGCUGAGCUCCCAGCUGCUUGCAGAGGGUAAAACUUGUUUUUUCCUACUAUAUUACUGCCAGCAAGUGGUGUUUUUCAUUUUUUUUUUUCACUGGUUUUGACAGUUCUUUGUUCAGUAAGGCAGAACUGGCUGAGGGAGACAUUUCUCACAGCUGGGCUUCCUGACUGCUAACGUAUUUAAACUUCUGAAGCUUCCGUUAGGGAAGUCCACAGACAAUGGCUUCUGCAGCACACAAAACAGGAAGGCUGCCGACAAGAUGAAAUAUUUGCCUGCUGUAUAUCAGCUCCAUCCAUAUCUGUACCCAAUCAUAUACGCUGGUUCUGUGUGCUUCUGAGUGCAUUUAUUUCCUCUGAAGAUCUGUUGUCAGUGAGCUCUGCGGCAGCGUGUGCACAGUGCUUCAGUGUGAUGUGCAUCACAACCCGAUUCUGAGCUACCCUGGAAAACGUACGCAGAUGCUUCUCUGAACUAUGCUGGGGCCCAUGGAAGACAAAUGGAUCUUGCCAGGAGGUGGGGACACUAUUCCUAGAGAACCCCACCAAGAGUACAUCACUGCAGGAGAAGCUCAGACCUAAUGAAGGCCUGAAGACACCCGCAGGUCUUGGCCAUGUCAAUCACACACUAUGUGUUGCUCCUUUUCCUGGGAUCCUGCCUUGGGGUGGAAAUCACAGAAAGAAAACUUGCAGCAGAAGGAUCCUCUGUUAUGAUGCACGCACCGGCAAUCAGCAAUGUGAAUGUCACUGAGUGGGAAUGCAUAAAGGGCAGCAAAGUCGAAUUCAUCUUGCAGUACUACGCCUCCUCGCAGUCUCCAGUCAUCUAUGCCGCAUACAAAGACAGGGUGGUUUUCUACCAAACAAAUGGCUCGCUUCUCCUGCAGCAGCUGCAGGAGGCAGACAGUGGCGUCUAUAAAGCAACAGUUGACCUGAUGCAGGACAGGGCUAGGACAACUAUCCUGGAAGUAAUCAAGCCUGUACCCCAGCCUAAACUCCUGAAGAGCUCAAACCUGAACAGUUCCCUCAUCAAGCUGAUCUGCCUGCUGCCCAAUGGAACCGUGGCUGCUGUCUCUUGGAAGAAGGAUGGACAUUCCCUUACCCCACAGAAUUAUUAUCAGCUCACUCAGAACUCCACUGAGUUGUGGAUAAGGAAGGGAGAGAAGUCGAACUGUGGUUCCUACUCCUGCAAUGUCAGCAAUGCCAUAAGCUGGGAAGAGGCAACCUUCAAACUCACGAUAGCAGGUCUCUCGCCUCCUCUCCAAGUUGCACUGAGGACAACAGUGGCUGCACUGGCUCUCACUGUCAUCACUGCCAUCAGCUUUGUCAUCUGGCUUCUGCAGCCGGGGAAGCACAGACUUGGAAAAGAAGCACGGACAUGGCUAACUCUACCCAUCAUAGGGCUGCUGGGCAUCUCAUGUCUCCUCCUGUUUGUCACCUCUGUCAUCUGGAUGCAGGAAGAGGGUCCUUCUGCUGCCUUCAUCCUGCAUGGGCUUUGCUUCCUUGCUGCAGUCAUGACUGUGGUGCUGAUUGCCAUGAUCUCUCAGUGCAGACCAGAAGCACUCACCCGGUAUCCAGACCAGACCAGGUAUCAUGUCAUCCUGUGCAGUACAGCCAUGACACUGGCAGUCAACUUGUCAUUCUCUUGUCUCUUGCUCCACAACUUCCAGCAGGUCCAUGAGCGUGGCUGCUCAGAACCUGUCAGUGUGAUUGCCAGCUGCGUCUUUGCUGUCCUGGCAGCUCUCCUGCUGCUGCUAUUCUCCUUCUGCUAUUACAAGAAGAAGAUGGAUGGCAGCACACAGACCACAGGCACCCAUGGGAAAAAAGAAGAACGAAAACAGAACCAAGACAAGGAGAGCAAACUGUCCCUUCAGCAUCCUGGAGAUGACAUCACGCAGGAGCCUGGCUAAAAAAAGGAUGUAAGGCACCGCAAGCUCUGCUCUCUAGCAGAGUGAGGCAAAAAUUCAGCCAAAAUGUUAAAAAAAAAAAAAAAAAAAAAAAAGAGAGAGAGAGAGAGAAAGGAGGGAAAAAAGAUACACAUUCCAGACUUAGCUGUAGACAGUUCUGAGAAGUUCAGUUCAGCUGUCCCAGCUAUGAUGUAUUGCUACUAUUUGUCAGCAUAAGAGCAGUACUGGCCCAAGCAGUACCUUUUGGCUUCAAAAGAUUCCUGACCUGUUUUGCUUUUAGCACAGUUCUGAAAAUUUCCACUUACCGACCUGCUUUCUUGCUGUCUCCUUAUUUGGUGCCUUAUAGCUAAGUUGUUGUGUUCUCAGCAGCUACAGCACUGCCCUGUGUGCCUUAGAGGCAGAAGUCUUUAUAUGGCUUUUAAGGCAUCCCAGACCUCAAAUGCCCUGGGCUGAUUUACAUUCUGCCCAGACUUUGUCCCACUGCACAUCAGUGUGCAGUGGGCUGACACCAGGACAAGGCGAGGGCGCAGUGCAAUGCUGUCAUAAAUAAUUGUGUGCAUUUUGUUACGUUGGCUAAGUAUAGUUCUGUGAACAGUGAAAAAGAUGCAGCUUUGCUUUCAGUUUUGCAAAAGAAAUUUGAGAAUAGAUUUCAAGAUUGCAAAAAAAUUGAUCAACUUACGUUUGAAACUCCAGUUCCAGUCGUCAUAAAUUCAUUACCUGUGAAUUUUCGAAUGGAGUGUGUUGAGUUGUGAUCAGACAUUGAACUAAAAAAUCUGAUCCUGUCUCUUAACCAGAUUUUCAGACCAGGGAGAAAUACCCCUCAGUUCACAGUCAUUCCUUAUUUAUGUUACUGCUUGUUGAUAGUAUGCAUAUUUGUGAAAAAAUAUUGUCAAGAAGAGCACACUUCCUUGCAUGGGAAAAGUAAAAUUUAAUCUCUGAUGAACACCUUGACAACUCACUAAGAAUUGCAACCACUGCCACUAAACAACCUGAUGCAUCAGUUUCACAAAAACAAGGUGAUAUAUCCCACUAAUUUUGUGAUUUUAUUGCUCACUUUUUUUAAAGAUGUUUUAAUUUUUAAAAAGUUAAAAUAAAUUUUGUUACUUAUGUACAUUAGCUACAUUACAUACUUAUUUAUACUUAACAAUGCCACCUAUUUUAUGAUGUUAGUCCAUGAUGUUAGAGGCAGAUGUUUGUAGGAUAGCAGUAGAAGUUGAACCUUCCCACCAGUAUUCUGUUACAUGUUGCUGUGUGACAGAUGGCAGGAGAGAGCAGCAUGACCAAAUGGUGUCUGACAUGGAAGGGCACAUGACCAAAGAUGUGGAAAAAAUGGUAACUAUUGACAUUCAGCACCUGGUAAACGUUUAUGGAGACCAAGCAGGGUAUGUGAGCACAGUGAGGAGGUGGAUGGUGCAUUGUGACAGCACAGUGGGUCACCUCCUCUGGUGCACAUUUUGACAAGCAUAGCAUGUAGGCUUUUGUUCAGUGCUGGUAAAAAAGCAUAGCUAAUGGUGGUGACUAUGUUGAAAAAUAAUGCUUUCUAGCUAGUAAUUUUAUCUAUCAAAUAUUGUUUUUGUACUGUUUAUCAGUUGCAGUUUCCAUGAAAAUAUAUAAGUAAUAAGAGAAGUAA